CCUUCAUGGUACCUACAUUAGAUCGGGGAGCUAAACUCACUUCCACCAACUACCCCAUCCCGUCUUCGCUCACGAUCAUCCAAUAAAUAUCCAACCCUUCAGGCCCGCGGCCUGCCAUCAGCCAAGAUGCAAAUCCGCAGCACCUCGAUAUCUUCCUCGAUUCUCGCAGCCAUCUCAGCUGACUCCAACAACCCGGACAGGCCAAGCCUCCAAAACCGCAUCUUCCGCCUUCUCGCUACCUUCCUCUCCGUCUUCCACCUCCCCCUCGCCCGCUACCGCGCCGCAGACUUCCUCGAGCUCCGCCAUAAUGUCUGGCAGCUGGACGAGCACGAGUACACAAACUCGUUCCACCUCUCGCCGAAGACCGCCAAGGGCAAGGGACGUGAAUCCGACCUCAAGCCCGUUGGCGACCUAGGCUACAGCGGCUCGACCUUUUUUACCACGGCCGACGGCAAAUUCCUUAUUAAGUCGCUGCCCCGCCGCUUCGAGCACGAGUUCUUUACCCGCGAUCUGUUCGGCGCCUACGUCGCCCACAUGAAGAAGAACCCACACAGCCUUCUCGUACGUAUCACCGACAUGGUUUACACCUCGAUAGCCACCCUUGGCGGUAUCUUGGGAACGGCGCCCACCCACCACAUCAUCAUGGAGAACCUGCUGUACGGCAAGGCGGAGGAGGAGACGGACCAUAGGAAGAAGCAAUGGGAGACGUACGACCUCAAGCCGAACGACUACUUCUUCCCCGAGCGGGACAUCGCCAACGGCCGCCUGGCCCCGGAGAGCGUCAAGGAGAGGCUGAUUGAUGAGUUUGACGACAAGAUCCGGGUGACGGCGGCCCAGAAGGAGGAGCUUCUUGGCCUCCUCGGAGCUGACACCCAGCUUCUCGCCGAUAAUAACGCCGUCGACUACUCGCUCUUCCUGGUCCGCUACCCGGGUCCCAACGUCAUGGACGAGCCGCGCGAUGUCCCGACCAUCCAGUCCAACGCGAACGAGUGGCGCACCGGCCUGACGGACGUAGACGGCAAUUGGACCUACCGCAUGAUUGUGCUUGACUUCUUCUGGGCCAAGCACAAGUUCCGCGCCAAGGCCAUGACGGGGCUUGUCAAGUCGUAUAAUGUCUUUGCCGGCCACGGGCCCAUGAGCAUCACCGCCAACCCCAUUGAGUACCGGGAGCGGUUCCUCAACAUGGUUCGGGACCUCGUCAUUGAGGCGUGAGAUGCAUGAGCGAUGGGCUUUGGCUGCAAGGACUUUUGUUUACUAGUCACUUUAUGAAAGCGCGGCGUCAAGAUGGGAAGCACAUAUACCCACUUUUUGUUUUGCUACAUUCCUUUUCCCCCCAAAGCAACAUUUUUCCAUCAGAUACCAGAAUAAAAAGUUCUCCGCUAUCGUCUUCUUAUCGAGACCUCAACACUUAACUUAGACACCCACCCAGUCCAGAAGGGCACGGCCAGUUGCCUCCUCAAUUGGAAUGUCAUCGGAAGUGAUGCUGUGCAUGAGCAACAGGAGCGGGCGUAAAACUGCAUUGUAAGGGAUCAACGGACCACUUGCAGCUUUAACCUCU